GCAGCCGCUGCGCGCCCGGGCGGAGCAUGGCGAGGCCGAGCCCUGGGCGCGGGCACCUGCUCCGAGGCCGGCCGACAGCCUGCGGCCGACGCGGGUGGCGGUGGGACCCUCCCCCGGCGAGGGGCGGGCUCCUGGGCCUGCGCGCUCCCCGGACCCGGCGCCCUCACAGCCGCGGCGGGAUGGCAGCGGCCCGAGGCCCCGGAGCCCGGAAGGGUAUUUUGGAGCGUCUGGAUAGUGGGGAGGUUGUAGUUGGAGAUGGCAGCUUUCUCAUAACUCUGGAGAAGAGGGGCUACGUGAAGGCUGGGCUCUGGACUCCAGAAGCAGUACUGGAACAUCCAAAUGCAGUUCGUCAGCUUCACAUGGAAUUCUUGAGAGCAGGAUCAAAUGUCAUGCAGACUUUCACCUUUUCUGCCAGUGAGGACAAUAUGGAGAGCAAGUGGAAAUAUGUCAAUGCUGCAGCCUGUGACCUUGCCAGAGAAGUGGCUGGUGAAGGGGAUGCUUUGGUAGCAGGGGGGCUCUGCCAGACAUCAAUGUACAAACACCACAAGGAUGAAGCACGAAUUAAAAAGCUUUUUCAACUACAGCUAGAGGUUUUUGCCAGGAAAAAUGUGGACUUCUUGAUUGCAGAGUAUUUUGAGCAUGCUGAGGAAGCAGUGUGGGCUGUGGAAGUCUUGAAAGAAUCGGGUAAACCAGUGGCAGCUACCAUGUGCAUAGGCCCAGAGGGAGACAUGCAUGAUGUGACACCUGGAGACUGUGCUGUUAAGCUGGUGAAGGCAGGGGCUACGAUCGUGGGCGUGAACUGCCGAUUUGGGCCAUAAACCAGCUUGAGGACAAUGAAGCUCAUGAAGGAGGGCCUGUGGGCCGCUGGGCUAGAAGCACAUCUGAUGGUGCAGUCCCUGGGGUUCCACACGCCUGACUGCGGCAAAGGCGGCUUUGUGGAUCUCCCAGAAUAUCCCUUUGGACUGGAGGCCAGAGUUGUAACCAGAUGGGAUAUUCAAAAAUAUGCCCGAGAGGCCUACAACCUGGGGGUCAGGUACAUUGGCGGUUGCUGUGGAUUUGAGCCCUAUCACAUCAGGGCAAUUGCCGAGGAGUUGGUCCCAGAAAGGGGCUUUUUGCCACCAGCUUCAGAAAAACAUGGUAGAUGGGGAAGUAGUCUCAAUAUGCACACCAAACCCUGGAUUAGAGCCAGGGCUAGAAGAGAGUAUUGGGAGAAUCUGCUGCCAGCUUCAGGCAGACCUUUCUGUCCUUCACUGUCAAAACCAGACAUCUAAGAAGCAGUGAAGGAAAACACUGAAACAACAGAACAGAAGGAAAUCCCCCACAAACCACAUCUGGAUGCAUUGCCUUUAUCUGCAGCCCACCCUGACAUCUCCAGUGAGCAGGCUGCAGGCCCUGCAGCUCAGUCCCCGAGAUGAGGGUUGCACUUCCGCUGCAAGGAAGCAUGAGCUGGGUGCUGGCGAGGCAGAGAUGCUCACAAAGACCCCUUGUCCUUGCCGUCCAGAAAUGCUGCAGUACAUUCUUUUGAAGUUCAUCAGGGAUAGCAAAACUUGUCAUUUAGGGUGAGUUCGAGUUUUAAAAAUAACCAGAAGUCACUGUGCACCAAACCUAGUGAUUAAUUCAGGUAACUAAGAAGGUGCUUGUGGAAGAUGGAGCAUUCUAAACUAAAGUAAUGAAUCUGCUUUUAAGUGAUUUGUGUAACUCCAAAGGCAAUCCGAAAAGAAGAGAUGCAAAAAAUGUUUUGAGCAAUGGCAAAAUUAUUGAAAUAAGUGUAUAACCUCCAAAGUAUUACUUCCAAGAUGAUUUUACUUAAAGGCAUUAGGUCCUAGAAUUUUUUAAAAUGUAUCUUUACAGUCACAAAUAGCUAGAUUAUAAACUAUUAAAGAAAAAGGACCAUGUGCUGUGCUUCUUGCAUAUUUCCUUAAAGUAUUUAGCACUGUGCUAGGCAUAAUGAUAGAUGCUCAAUGAAAUGUUUAUUGUUGAUUGUUUAAAAUAAGUAAAAACAGUUUUAGAACACCUUUUUAAAAGCCAAAAUUCAAAUUUAUUUCAAUCUUAUAUUUUUUUGACUUAUGUUUGUGUUACUUGCUAUGGGCCAAUUUCUGUUUUUUCAAAACAAUGUAUCAAUUUUGACAAUAAAAUUAAAAAUAAUUUACCCUU